AUGCACGCAAUGGUAUCCUAUAUAAUAUCGUAUAGAAAUCUAGUAUGGCGUUUAUUGCGAGAGCAGCUGCUCUGGAGUUAUUUGAAAAUACGACUCUCUCCACGAUUGGUGAUCUCAGCCAGUGGAGGAAAGAUAGAGAAAGUGCCGGGUUAACGCUAAGCUGUUUGUAAUUGUCGACUGGCGAGUAUCGCUAUUUUAAACUCAUCAUCGUUAUCGUUAUCAUUAUUGUAAUCAUGACGGAUCGAACUGAGCUGAAGAUGAACGUGGCUGCUUUGAAAGGAGUUGACCCCUACGUGAAGGAUAUUUUGGAAACUGCGACUCACGUCGCUCUGUACACGUUCAACGCCGACGAAAAUGAAUGGGAAAAGACCGACAUUGAGGGCGCUCUGUUCUUGUACUCGAGAAGCGGCGAGCCGUACAACAGUAUUCUCAUAAUGAACAGAUUGAAUACAAACAAUCUAGUAGAGCCGGUUGCUUCGGGCUUGGAUUUGCAACUGCAGGAACCAUUUUUGUUAUACAGAAAUUCCAGAUGCAAUAUCUACGGCAUUUGGUUUUACGAAAAGGAAGAGUGCGUACGCAUCGCCAAAAUGUUGAACAAAUUGCUCAAGGAGUGCGAGGAAAGUCGCAAGGUCACCAACAAGCCGUUACUUAAGGCUAAAAAGACCUCGGGACCUAGCGUAAACAAUGUCGAUAUAUUCAGUAUGCUUAGCAAGGCGCAAGAGGACUUUAACACGAGCAGAGGAAGCGAUAGCAUUACUGGUAACGCGACUACGGGAUUAAAAUCACCAUCGGUUACACCUAUGAUCGAUAACAUUUCUGGCCCUCUAGCCGCUCCCUUAGGACCCGACGUCACUUCCCAGAGUGUAAUGGACUUCUUUGCUAAAGCCAAGGUGAAUACGGGACAUUUCAAAGCAGGUGACCAACCUGCUCCAGGAAGUACGGUUGCGGUCGAGAGUAAGCCUUUACUGGCACGUUUAAUGUCUCAUCCGGCAGCGCAUACUUUAGAACAUAUUGAGAAACAGCAAAGGUCUGUAACGCCCCAACCGUCUCAUCAGUCGCAAUUGGCGGCGAUUCCGUCUACAAACAAGUCAAAGAGACGAAACAAAGUGACUCCUCAACCAGAAUCGAUUAUGUCCUCGUCUGCACCUGUCUCUCAAGAUUUGCCACGACCUGUCGCCCAAAACGUCAACGAUUCAAACGGAUCGACUGGAUUUCUCAGGAUACAGUCGCCGACUUGUAAUGUAGCGACUUUAAGAAACCAUCAAGUUUCAAACGUUACCAAUACCAACAGUAGCAAUCCGCUCGCGUCAUUGCUUGCUCAUGCCUCCGGAAGUAUAUCAUCGGACGAUAUUAUCCCGGCGGCGCCUACGUUGUCAGGAAGAGGCUCGGCACCAGCGUUAAUACCACCCGUCAUGUUUGCCGCUCCCAGUCCACCUGAACCCGUUGCAACUAGACCGUUAGAACCGCUAACAAAGUCUCAGCUUUUACAAGCGUUCACUUAUUUGUUGAAGAGCGAUCCAGACUUUAUCCACAAAAUUCACGAGGCCUACGUCAAAUCAUUGGGAGAAAUACUUUCUUAAACUCACCACGUUAUUGUAUUAAUUACAAAGGAAACCCAUCAUGUGGGUUGUGACUGAUGAAAGGAUUAACUAAAUCUCAAUAUUCCUACGUUAUGUGCAUACAUAAACGAUACAUGCCCGAUAAUCAAUUGACAAGAUGAGAAUCGUUUCUUUCGAGGAAAAAGAAAAUUUCUUUUUUGACUGAAGAAAUUAGAAAGCAGAUAUGAGAGAGAAUGGAGACGGAUACAAUACGAUACCUUGAACAGUAUUUUUAUAAAACAAUGCACUUUCUUUCGGGACAAAGUAGAGAACGAACAGUGGGUCAUAACCAGACAUGGUAUGAGAGAAAUUUGUAAACAUUGAAUGGUAUAUACAUAAUAAAAUUGGACCGUUUUUAAGCUGUGAUGCCAAACAUAUUAUAUGCACGUUUUAUGAUUGAAAUUUCAACACAGCAUGACAUUGUUUUCUGAGCUGGCCAAACAGAAUACCUAUUUUAUAGAGUAAUGACGUAUCCUUCCUAUAUACCGGAUACCAAUAUGGUAUGUGUAUGUUGUCGAUGAAAAGGAGCAAAUAAAUACAGACACAAUGAACAAAAAUACGCGAUGAAAAGGUACACUC